AAAGCCUGAGUUGUUGUUGAGAGGCACAAGUACUCAGUGGAAACAGACGUACUGCGGGACCGGUUCUCGACACUUGUUUAUUCCUCAGAUAAUCGCAAAUUGCAGAAAUUGUUCAUUAAAGGAUACAACGGAAAUGGCACGUGACCCUGCAUCCGACCAGCUGAAUGAGUACAAGAAGUCAGUUAAGGGCGACCCACCGGUUCUAUUGACCGGCAAUGGCGCUCCCAUUGCAGACAAAACGGCCAGCCUCACAGCUGGCCCAAGAGGCCCCAUGCUCAUUCAGGACUUCGUUUACCUCGAUGAAAUGUCUCACUUUGAUAGAGAACGAAUCCCCGAGCGUGUUGUUCAUGCUAAAGGAGCAGGUGCCUUUGGAUACUUCGAGGUCACUCAUGAUAUCACAAAGUACACAAAAGCUAAAGUUUUUUCUAAAAUUGGGAAGAGAACACCGAUAGCCGUGAGAUUUUCAACCGUUGGAGGCGAAAGUGGCUCCGCUGAUACUGUCAGAGAUCCGCGUGGAUUCGCUGUGAAGUUUUACACCGAAGAAGGAAUAUGGGACUUGACUGGCAACAAUACCCCAAUAUUCUUCAUCAAGGAUCCUUUAAUGUUCCCAAGCUUCAUUCACACCCAAAAGAGGAAUCCCACUACUCACCUGAAGGACAUGGAUAUGUUCUGGGAUUUUCUAUCUCUAAGACCCGAGUCAACUCACCAAGUGAUGAUUCUAUUUUCUGACCGUGGAAUCCCUGAUGGAUAUCGCCACAUGAACGGCUACGGCUCUCACACAUUCAAACUCGUUAAUGAUAAGAAUGAACACGUGUGGUGCAAAUUCCAUUACAAGACGGAUCAGGGCAUUCAAAAUCUUCUGGCUGAGAAAGCAGCGGAGAUAGCGUCAUCCGAUCCAGAUUAUAGCAUUCGUGAUCUCUAUAAUGCUAUUGCCCAAAAAAAAAGCCCCACGUGGACAUUCUAUAUUCAAGUGAUGACGGAGGAGCAAGCGCAGAAGUUCAAGUGGAAUCCCUUUGAUCUUACAAAG